AUGAGGUCACCAGCUGAAACAAAAUUGAGGUGGGAGGAGACAUUCAAGCAUGGGACCAGGAUAUCUGACCUCCAACGGGCCAUCAAAUUCAACGGUCCAGAGAGUCCAUGCGUAGCUGGUCUACGCUCUCUCUGUUGGAAGGGCUUCCUACUAUUCCCGCACGCUCCCGCUGAAGAAUGGCCUCAACUUUUGCGCCAACUUCGAGACUCAUAUGAUACCCUGUGCGAACAGCAUCUCAAAUUUAUCAGGCACCCCGAACAACUAGCCGCCCUAUCCUUCGAUCCCCUUGCAGACGAUCCCGACUCUCCUUGGAUCACUGGGCGCCAAGAUGAAGCCAUCCGCGCCGAGAUCCAGCAAGAUGUUUCGCGGCUUCCCGAUGAUCCAUUCUAUCACCAGGAGGUCAUUCAGACCAUGAUUCUGGAUAUCCUGUUCCUCUACUGCAAACUCAACCCUUCCGCCGGCGGGUACCGUCAGGGAAUGCACGAGUUACUUGCGCCAAUUGUCUAUGUCGUUGCGCAGGACUCGGUGGACGGCAAGCAGUCUUCAGCGGUUGAUACUUUCGAUCCUACGAUAGUGGAAUUGUUGGACGCUUCUCAGGUCGAGCAUGACUCCUUUGCCUUGUUCUCCAAGGUUAUGGACCGUGCUGGCGCUUUUUACGAGGUUGAGCAAAACACCAUCGUCGAAAAAAGCAAAUACAUCCAUGAAGUUGCCUUGCUCAAAAUUGAUGAGGAACUUGCGAACCAUUUGCGAGACAUUGAAGUUCUGCCGCAAAUAUUCUUGAUACGAUGGAUACGCCUCCUUUUUGGAAGAGAGUUUCCCUUUGAACAAACCAUGAUAUUAUGGGAUGCCAUCUUUGCCUUUGAUCCCAACUUGGAGAUGAUAGAUCUCAUAUGCGUAGCUAUGCUUCUCAGGAUUAGAUGGACGCUCCUCGAAGCUGAGUACUCGGUGGCACUUCAGCUGCUUCUGAAAUAUCCAGCCCCUCCACCACCGCACGGCCCUCACACCUUUGUCGACGAUGCUUUAUAUUUGCAGAAACACUUUGAUGCCGCGGGCGGUGUCGCACUAAUCGCCAAAUACAGCGGUAGACUGCCUGCGGCAGCAUCAGUGGCAUCAACAGCAACCUCGACCCCUGCACGGUCAUCCACCCCAUCAUUUUCAGGCUUUGGUUCACUCCGACAAAGAACUCUCGGUGCCAGGUCACCGUUAUCUUCCACGACAAAACUCUUGCAGCAACCGGGUGGUGUGGAGGCUAUCCUGCGCGGUGCUGCCAAAAAUGUCAUUGAGAAAAGCGAAAAACUCGGACUUAACGAUGCUGUCCGUGACGCUGUUGGGGAAAUACGUCGCAACAUGCAAGGCUUUCAAGAGUCUCGAAGUUCGCCCAGAAUCAACAGAUCACUGUUUCCCGGAAACACUCUGGCUGUUUCCAUUUGGGAGCAGAGGAAUCGUCAGUUAGCAACCAUGUUGGAAGAGUCAAUCACGAACCUCAAACAGCUGGUGGCCUCUGACUUUGAGGGCGACAAGCAGAAACAGCUCGAGACAGUGGAACUUGCCACGGCCAAGAUCCAGUACGUGAAGGCCUGCUUGGAGGAUUCCACGCUGGAUUUGCCAGAGGAAGAACCUCCGACGCUGGCAACAUUGAGCAUUUCCACCCUCCCCGAAAUCAGAUCGCCGACGGUUGCGUUGGAUACCACACCGGUGGUUAUGACAUCAUCCGCCGUUGAAGAAGCCAGAAGUUCACUCUCGUCACCGGCUUCAUCGGAUAGAAGCAAGCAGCUGUCGUCGGUGCCGGAGGAGCCACAUGUUGAACCUGUUGCGGAGGAAAUGGUUGAUAAGAUGGACACCGAUCCACCAGAAAGAAAACAAACACCACCGCCACCAGCCCCAGCCCCCGUCCCCAACCCAGAACCGUCGACUUCUGUUGGACAGACCCCUGCAACUAGCCCGACCCCUAAGGAGCGCCCGAAAGGACCAAUACCUACACGGUCAACCUUGGCUCAGUCCUCUUUUGCGUGGAUGUUGGAGCCAGACACUACAAUAUCAGCUGCUCGGUCGCCGCCGAGUAGGCCUCUGAGCAGCAGUGGAAAGAAGAAGCACAACCCCAGCCGGGAAAAGAACGCGUUCUUGUUUGGAGAAGUGGUUCCGAGUGAUGGAGCGGCAGGGGAAAGGACAGUAUCACCAGACGAGAUCUUUGGACUGCAGCCGAUCAGGAAGGGCUGA